UUCGGUCAAAGAUAAGAUACUAUCAACAAUUAUUGGACCUGCACAAGUGCACACUAUAUAUCCUCUACAAUUGAGUAGAAGUUGCAGGGCACUGAAGAAGAUGGAAGGAAUCGAGCACAAGAUGAUCAGUGCAAAUGGCCUCAACAUCCACAUAGCAGAAAAGGGUGAAGGUCCUCUGGUUCUUUUCCUUCACGGCUUCCCCAAGCUAUGGUACUCGUGGCGCCACCAGAUUCAUUUCAUGGCUUCUCACGGCUACCAUGCAGUGGCGCCUGAUCUCCGUGGCUACGGAGACACUACAGGUGCACCACUUGAGGAUAUAAGCAAGUUCUCGGUCGCCCACGUUGUCGGAGAUAUCGUGGCUCUGCUGGAUGUGAUUGCACCUAAGGAGAAGGUCUUUGUGGUGGCGCAUGAUUGGGGUGCGUAUGUGGCCUGGCAUUUGAGUUUGUUUAGGCCGGAUAAGGUCAGAGCUCUGGUUUCGUUGAGCGUCUAUUAUAUGGUCAGGGAUCCGGCCAGGAAUAUGGUUGAGGCUCUGCGGGCUUUUUAUGGAGAUGAUUACUACAUGGUCAGGUUUCAGGAACCAGGAGAUAUGGAAGCUGAGAUCGCUGAUAAAAUUGGUACUAAAACAUUUAUCAAGAAGUUUCUGUCACACCGUGAACCUGGUCCAUUCUUUUUCCCCAAAGGUGCAGGAUUUAAUGGAGACUCAACUGAUUCUCCCCUGCCUUCUUGGUUAUCGGAGGAAGAUCUUGAGUAUUAUUCAACCAAAUAUGAGAAAACCGGCUUUACUGGUCCCAUCAACUACUAUCGAGCUCUCCCUCUAACUUGGGAGAUUACGGCACCAUGGACAAGCGCUCAGGUAAUGGUACCAACAAAAUAUGUCGUCGGAGAUGUUGACUUGGUUUAUCACAUGCCUGGAGCCCAAGACUUUAUACACAGUGGCGAGUUCAAGAAAUACGUGCCAUUGCUGCAGGAAAUUGUUGUGAUCAAAGGUGCAGGCCACUUCAUCAAUGAAGAAAAGCCCGAUGACAUUAACCAGCACAUCCUGGACUUCCUUCAGCAGUUCUGAGAUUUUCAAGUUGCAUUUGUGAAGAUGUUGGACAUUUCUAAUCUCGUUCUUAAAUAAGAGUUGUACUGCCCUCUGUGUUGCUUUAUGUUCACUCAGUUUCUCAUCAGUUAUCGAACUCAUGAAUUGUGCUCUUUUUAACAACUUCUCUGCCGAGAUUUUAAAAUUUUAA